UAAUAGCGCUUGGUUGUGGUGUGCAUGGCUGGGAUAUGGGCUAUCGCAUAAUCAUGGGCCAGACGGGCAAGAGAUCAGAGAAGGGACCAGUGUGCUGGCGGAAACGAGUGAAAUCGGAGUACAUGCGUUUGAGACAGCUCAAGCGAUUCAGGAGAGCAGAUGAAGUAAAGAGCAUGUUCAACUCAAAUCGGCAAAAGAUUUUGGAACGGACUGAGCUUUUAAACCAAGAAUGGAAACAACGAAGGAUCCAACCUGUACACAUUAUGACUUCUGUAAGCUCUCUGCGUGGGACCCGUGAGUGUUCUGUGGCAAGUGAUUUUGAUUUCCCAAAGCAAGUUAUCCCCCUAAAAACACUCAACGCUGUAGCCUCUGUGCCAAUCAUGUAUUCGUGGUCUCCUCUGCAGCAGAAUUUUAUGGUGGAAGAUGAGACUGUGCUACAUAACAUUCCUUAUAUGGGAGAUGAAGUGUUAGACCAGGAUGGGACCUUUAUUGAAGAACUCAUUAAAAAUUAUGAUGGAAAAGUGCAUGGAGACAGAGAAUGUGGUUUUAUCAAUGAUGAGAUAUUUGUGGAGCUAGUGAAUGCACUGAGCCAGUAUAGUGAUUAUGAAGAUGACGAUGAUGGAGACGACACUCAAGACUAUGAAAAAGAUGACAAAUCUAAAGAGAAUGAUGAUGACGAUGAGCGCAUAGAUGACAAAGUGACUAGUCUACCCAAGAAGUUUCCAUCUGAUAAGAUUUUUGAAGCAAUAUCCUCAAUGUUUCCAGACAAAGGCACAUCUGAAGAACUAAAAGAGAAAUACAAAGAACUAACAGAGCAACAGCUUCCUGGAGCAUUGCCACCUGAGUGCACACCAAACAUAGAUGGACCGAAUGCAAAAUCUGUACAGCGAGAACAAAGUCUUCACUCAUUCCAUACCCUUUUCUGUAGACGAUGUUUCAAGUAUGACUGCUUUUUGCAUCAGAAUAAGUUGCCUUUUGUGUGGGUGGGCAGUCAUCUAAGAAUUCCUAAAGAAGCCAAUAAGAAAGACUCAAAAGCAUUUCACGCAACUCCAAACACUUACAAAAGAAAAAAUAACGAGGCUGCAAAUGACGGCAAACCAUGUGGACCCAACUGUUAUCAGCUUUUGGAAGGGGCAAGAGAGUUUGCUGCAGCUCUAACUGCAGAGAGAAUAAAGACCCCACCAAAGCGUCCUGGUGGUCGUAGAAGAGGUCGUCUUCCGAAUAACACUAGCAGACCAAGCACACCCACUGUCAAUGUGUCAGAAUCAAAGGACACAGAUAGUGACAGAGAAGCUGGCACUGAAACCGGAGGAGAGAGCAAUGAUAAGGAAGAGGAGGAGAAGAAGGAUGAGACCUCCAGUUCCUCUGAGGCAAAUUCGAGAUGCCACACUCCAAUAAAGAUGAAUCCUAAUAUUGAGCCGCCUGAGAAUGUGGAAUGGAGUGGGGCAGAAGCAUCUAUGUUCAGAGUCUUAAUUGGAACUUAUUAUGACAACUUCUGUGCAAUUGCAAGGCUUAUUGGCACCAAGACCUGUCGGCAGGUAUAUGAGUUCAGAGUAAAGGAAUCUAGUAUUAUUGCACCCGUUCUUGCCGAGGAUGUGGACACGCCUCCACGAAAGAAGAAAAGAAAACACAGGUUAUGGGCUGCGCAUUGCAGAAAAAUCCAGCUGAAAAAAGAUGGCUCCUCCAACCAUGUUUACAAUUACCAGCCAUGCGAUCACCCUCGCCAGCCUUGUGACAGCUCUUGUCCUUGUGUCAUUGCUCAGAACUUCUGUGAGAAGUUCUGUCAGUGCAGCUCUGAGUGCCAAAAUAGAUUCCCUGGAUGUCGCUGUAAAGCACAAUGCAACACUAAGCAGUGUCCUUGUUAUUUGGCUGUGAGAGAGUGUGAUCCAGACUUGUGUCUAACUUGUGGUGCUGCUGAUCACUGGGACAGCAAGAACGUAUCAUGCAAGAACUGCAGCAUUCAGCGUGGAUCUAAGAAGCAUUUACUACUGGCUCCUUCAGAUGUUGCUGGCUGGGGGAUCUUCAUCAAAGACCCUGUGCAGAAGAAUGAGUUUAUCUCAGAAUACUGUGGAGAGAUCAUAUCUCAGGAUGAAGCAGAUCGGAGGGGAAAAGUGUAUGACAAAUAUAUGUGCAGCUUCCUCUUCAACUUGAACAAUGACUUUGUAGUUGAUGCAACACGCAAAGGCAACAAAAUUCGUUUUGCAAACCAUUCUGUGAAUCCUAACUGCUAUGCAAAAGUAAUGAUGGUUAAUGGGGAUCACAGAAUAGGGAUUUUUGCUAAGCGGGCCAUUCAGACAGGAGAAGAACUCUUCUUUGAUUACAGAUACAGCCAGGCUGAUGCUCUGAAAUAUGUCGGAAUUGAGAGAGAAAUGGAAAUCCCCUGAUUCCAGCUACCUCCUCUAUAUAAAACCAUGCCUUAUCUACUUCAGGAAUUUCUAAUACUGAUGACUGAAUUUUUAGAUACAAAGAAAAAAAAAUGCAAGUUGAAGUUCUGAAUAUACCAAGUACUGUAAAAGUAAUUUAUAGUCAUGAUAAAAACAGUUAUUCUUAUCUGCCGGUUGCAAAAUGUUUUGUACCGAUGAAUCUUUGGCAAUAAUGUAUUGUGAUACAUUUCCAACCUCAAAUAAAAUAUACUUGAACUUC